AUGCUUCUUUCGCUAGACGCGGUGAAACAGUUCACACCGCAAAUCGAUGCUCGUAGUCCUAUAAAGCCUGGCCAGUCUGGCCGUCAACGAUUCCUCACCACCUCUUCUUUCGUGGACACCCAGCUCUUUCAUCUUUUCUUCGCAGCGGCCAGGCGCCCCUUUCUUUUUUCACACUUUCAACUACUUUUUUUUCAACAAGUUCUUCUUUUUCUUUAUCUUUCAACACCCAACAAUCAACAUUCCUCGCCGUUGCCCCCGCCAUCUUGGCUGCCCCUCUCCCGAGCACCACCUACGCACACUCAAGCUGUUGCUACUGCAUCGCAUACCUCGGCUGCUCCUCACGAGACCACGACUGCGGUGCACCACCAUCACCAACACGCUCACCAGCACCACGACCACCCUCACAAGCACCACGUCCCUGCUAGUGCAGAGGCUCGCAAGGAAGAGGAGCACAAGCUCAAGGAGAAGGAGCACAAGCUCGAAGCCAAGGACAAAGAGCUCGAGAAAGAGGUGCACGAUCUCAAGGAACACAUCAAGAAGGAUGAGAAGGCUGAGCACCAACACCAUGCUGCGACGACGCCUGCCCCAACUGCGUCGUCGACUUCUGCCAAGCUCAGUCGCCGUAGUGAGACCGCAGCAGAGCUUCAGAAGGAGAAGCAGCGCCUCAAGGCGCUCGAGGAGAAGAAGGACAAGGUUGAGGCACAGGAAAAGGAGCUCAAGGCUGAAGAAAAGGCCGAUGAAAACGCUGACAAGGCUCCUACCCACCACAACAAGCAGCACCACAACAAGCACCACAAGCAUGCCUCCUCGACGCACACCUCUACGCACACCUCCUCUACGCACACCUCCACUGCGACCCCGCAUCCUACUGCUACCGAAGCAGCAAAGGUCCAGCGCCGUGCCGAGUCGUCCUCGUCCGCUGCCGCCGCUACGUCCACGAGUGGAACGCACCACGCUCACCACGAGUACAAGCAAGCUCUCCAGCGCCUCAUUGAGCUCGCCAAGAUUAUCGAAACGGGUGCUCGCAAGCUCGAGGCCGAUCCCUCUGGCAAGCACGCCCUCAAGGCCAUCGACAGCCUCGAGAAGAAGUUUGAAAAGAUUCACGCAAAGCACGCUAAGCACCACUCUUCGUCUGCGAGCGCUCCUGCUGCCACGUCCACCAAGGUUUAG